AUUACUCAAGCCUUGGCAGAUGAAACUAUAGUUAAUGCUGCUCUCUCUCAUGGCAUUACCAUUUUUGUACUCGCAGCUUCACUUGGACAUAUUAGUGGUGGUCAUUUCAAUCCAGCAGUCACUCUGACAGUCAUCUUGUGCGAAAAACUAAAAUUAACUCAUGGGAUUCUUUAUAUUACCGCUCAACUUUUUGGUGGUUUUUGUGGUGCAUUACUUGCAAGAGCUGUUUCAUAUGAAUCGAAUUUUCUUGCAAUAAACGGUGGAGCCACUAUUUUGUCUCCCAAUUAUGGUUGGUACCAGGGCCUUGUUGUUGAAGCCAUAACAACAUUUGUCCUAACUCAAAGUGUGAUAAUGACAGCGGUCGAUACAUCGUCAAAUAUGCUUGCGCCACUGGCUAUAGGCUUAUCUACAUCUUCCAGUGGUGCUAUUUCUGGUGCUAGCAUGAAUCCAGCUCGUAGUCUUGGUCCAGCAUUCGUUUCAUGGAUGUUUGGUGUCGAUAGUUCGCUCCUUUGGUCGUAUCAUUUUAUUUACUGGAUUGGUCCACUUAUUGGUGCUUUAAUAACAUCAUUAUUAUAUAGAAUAAUAAUCACUGAUUGA